AAUAUCUCGAAAUAAAGACUAAAUAUUUUUUAAAUAAUGGCUUAACACGGUGGAGAGAAGGCAGAGACUGGGAGCUGCUGUGAUGUGAGGAAAGUGAAACUUAAGGGAGGGAGGGAGGAGGUGCAGCAGCUCCUAUAAGAGCGGAGCCCCCCCACCGGCUCCUCCGUAACUCUCUGCCCAGGAUGGGAGUCCAAGGCCUGACCACUCUGCUGGAGAAACACCGGAGGAUCUACCGGGAUCGCCGCCUCUCUCACAGCUGGCUGCUGAUCGACGGCAGCAACCUCUACCACUGGCUAUACGUCAACUCAGGUCUGGACCAGAAUCACGGCGGGGAGUAUACUGCGUUCGCGGCCCUUAUUGAGAGGUUUGUUAAAGCGCUCAGAGACUGUCAGAUCACGCCCUACAUAGUGCUGGACGGAGGAUCGGACAUCUUAGAAAAGAAGAAUGAAACCGUGAUGCAGAGAGCAGUGGAUCGGAUCAAACGAGCGCAUCGAGCGGCGCAGGACGGCCAGCGCGGCCAGCGCGGCCAGCGCGGCCAGCGCGAGUACAUCAUGCCGACGCUGGUGAAGCUGGUGUUCCGACAGACACUGAGGCGGCUGGACGUCCAGGUGGCUCAGUGCUAUGGAGAGGCUGACCCGGAGAUCGCCGCCCUGGCCCGGGAGUGGCAGUGCCCGGUGCUUUCCGGAGACAGCGACUUCUACAUCUACGACCUUCCAGUGGGACUACUGCCCCUCUCACACUUCCAGUGGGAGAUGGUUGUGCGGAGGGGCUCCAACAGCUACAUCCCCUGCAAGAGCUACAACACCUCGAGCUUCUGCAUCUUCUUUAAAAUCCAGCGCCAGCUCCUGCCCGCCUUCGCCGCCCUGGCCGGGAACGACUACGUGAAUCUACACCGGCUGCAGGCGCACGUUAGCUGGAAUCAGUUCGCCCCGGCAGGCGGCGGGAACAUGGGCCACCUGGACGGGCUGCUGUGCUGGCUGCAGAACUUCCAGAAGCCUCAGGAGGCCUUCGAGGCGGCGCUGGGGCUGAUGGGAGAACUGAGCGGCAACAAAAAGGCGGAGGUGAUGAAGGGCUUGAAUCUGGGGAUGGAGGAGUACCAACUUCCUCCCAGCGCCCUCAAAAAGUUCUUCAUCCAUGGGAUAGCACCUCCAUUCUCCACAGAAGUGGCUGGUGUCCCGGACUGGUCCCGGCUGCCUCUGAUUCAGGCCUGGCUGCCGGCGGAAUUCCUGGACGUGCUGCUGCUGCAGAAGAUGAAAUUCAGCGUCUUCGUGGAGCUCGCCGCCGCACCAAGCGCUCACCUUACCGCCAGGCCGCUGCGGCAGGUGAUGUACGGGCUGCUGCUGGGCGAGGGCAGGGAGGUGAUAGAGCGAGUUAGGGAGGGGCUGCAGCUGAGGUUCAUCCCUGUGAAGACCGCCUCCACAGCAAGCUCCCUGCAGCUCUCACUGCAAACACUGGAUAAGGCGGAGGCCUCUCUACGUCUGCAGGUUCUCCUUGAGGCCCUGGGGGUCCCUGAGGCCUCCUUGGCCCCUGUGCCUCCCGCCCUGCGCCUCCCUGUGUGCGUCACCUGCUUCUGGCUGCAGAGAGCCCAGCCUCCUGCAGACGAGGAGGUGCUGAAGGCUCUUCUGCUCGGGCUGAGCUCCGGAGACGCCUUCAGGGCAGCCCUGCCCCCCCCCAGACAGAAGCUGGACGUGCAGGUGUCUCACUCUCUGAACCAGUGGCAGUCCUGCCUGAAGUCCAGCCUGCACCUCAACCAACUGCUGGGCCGACCGCUACCUGAGCCCCCCCUCUCCAGCCAGAUCCUGGCGGACAAUACAUGACGGGGACGGG